CUGCACCACAGGUGUCUGAGGCUAUUGCCCCACAUGCGACAGGAAAAAGCCUUGGAGGAGACUAUGAUAUCACAGCAAUUAGACUGGGCAUCACAAUGUUUCAGUGGUCCAAAUGCCGAGCAGACAUCUACAUAAGCUAUGGAUGAUAUCGUCCGCCGUGAAAUUACAAAUGGCUGGGAAGGAAAGAGAGCUCCGGAUUACAAAAAUAGGGUUAUCUUCGACGAGACGGCUGUACGGUUUCGUCACUUGAGGCGUUGUGGGUCGACAAUGAUGGGGGCAAUCAAGUUCCUAUCGGAAAACCAGAGGGCUCAAUCUCAGUUAAGAACAUCCUUGCGGGAUGCCUUUGUUACUGCCACAAAAGAAUCUCGUAAACUUUUGAUACAAGAGAUCACUAGCACUCGUAUUCCAUAUUUGGACGCGGUCAGCGAAGAAAUCUUUCGAAUGGCAGGGACUAUUCCCUCGCAUGUUCGUACUGCUACUGAAGACACUGUAGUUCUGGGUCAUGUCAUUCCUAAAGGAACCGAUGUACUCUUGUCCAUUAACGGCCCUGGAUUCACAUCCCCGGGUUUUACAAUUGACGAGAACAAACGAACUGAAAGCUGCCGCUCGACUAAGGGCGAAAAAAAGCAGUGGGACAUGGACAUGUUUUGUCUAGAGCGAUGGCUAGUUAAAAGUGGCAAGGAGUGUGUUGAUCGUGGAGCAGCCCCGCAGAUGUUGUUCUCAUUGGGCCCACGAGGCUGCUUUGGGAAGAGAUCGGGUCAGCUUAACGUGCGCGUGCUUCUGGUUCUUUUGAUGUGGCAUUUUAAGUUCUUGCCUUUGCCCGAUGAAUUAAUAUCCGAUGGUAUCGAAAAUUUUAUUUGUCGACCACGGGCUCGCAUAUGUUCGGUUGGGAAACGCACAUUAAUGAACUGAUCUGUCUCCCAUCCCUAUGUAGAUUAUUGAUAUAUAAUGUUAAUGUUCAAAUGUUCUCUAGAAUCAUUUCACGUAAUAACAAUACCAAACUGUGAGGCAGAGGUAA